AUGGCGGCUUUGCAGAAGGAGAGCUCGAGUGCGCUGACGCAGUCGCUUCGCCUUAGCCGGGAGAACCAGGUACUCGUCGCCGAGAAGGACAACGUAGCUCGCCGUGUGAUGUCAUUUGGAGCUAAUUGGAACAUUGCCUAUCACUGGAGAUUAGUUGAGGAAGGAAAGACUCUGUCUGCCCCAUGUACGGACAGCUCAACUGGAUCGCAAAGUGAAGAAGGGAGAAGCCAUCUUGAAGACCAAUCGAGUUACUCGACCAACCGGUCGAGUUCCUCAACUCGACCGGCCAAGCUUCAACUCGAUCGAGCUGAGGAGUCAAAGUCAAACCCGAAAAAUGUUGCUUCCCCCUUGACUUCCUUUGACCCUAAACCUAAUCUUGUUUUAAAGGCUCUAGCCACGAAAAAACAAGCUUUACUUAAUUUUUUAGUUCUUUAA